AUGAGUAUCGAGAUCCCGCCGGGUUUGUCGGAGCUGCUGCAGGGCUACACCGUGGAGGUGUUGCGGCGUCGGCCGCCGGAUCUCCUGGACUUCGCCGCCGAGUACUUCAUUCGCCUGCGGGAUUCCCGCGACCAGCAGCUGCGCGAGGAGGCGGCCGCCAGGGGCAAAGGAGUCAACUUCGACGGGGAGCCCAUGCAGACGGAGUCAAACGGCGAAGAGGCGCGGAGGGAAGCGUCCGAGGAGGACACCGAUUCCGACUUCGAGCCUCCUGUUAUUAACAAGUUUAACAGAAGAGUAUCAGUCUGUGCGGAAGCCUUCAACCCAGAUGAAGAGGACGAAGAUACAGAGCCAAGGGUAGUUCAUCCAAAAACAGAUGAGCAGAGAUGCAGAUUGCAGGAAGCCUGUAAAGAUAUUCUCAUCUUCAAAAACCUAGAUCAGGAACAAUUGUCACAAGUUUUGGAUGCCAUGUUUGAAAGAAAAGUACAACCUCAGGAACAUGUAAUUGACCAAGGAGAUGAUGGAGACAACUUUUACGUCAUUGAAGAGGGAUCAUAUGAUAUUUUUGUAGCACGAGAAAGCCAAAGUCGCUGUGUUGGUCGCUACGAUAAUCACGGCAGUUUUGGGGAACUCGCCUUGAUGUAUAACACUCCUAGAGCUGCAACUAUUGUUGCCACCACAGAAGGAGCCCUUUGGGGACUGGAUCGUGUAACAUUCAGAAGAAUUAUAUUGAAAAAUAAUGCAAAGAAAAGGAGAACGUAUGAAUUAUUUGUUGAGUCAGUGCCUCUUCUUAAGUCACUGGAGCCAUCUGAGCGAAUGAAGAUUGUUGAUGUAAUAGGAGAAAAGACAUAUAAAGAUGGAGAACGCAUCAUUGCUCAGGGUGAUAAGGCGGAGAGUUUUUUCAUUGUAGAAUCUGGUGAAGUAAAGAUCAUGAUUAAAAGCAAGACUGUAACGGUAAAAGAUGCAAACCAAGAGGUAGAGAUUGCUCGAUGUCAAAAAGGACAGUAUUUUGGAGAGCUUGCACUUGUUACUAACAAACCAAGAGCAGCCUCUGCCUAUGCUGUUGGGGAAGUCAAAUGUUUAGUUAUGGAUGUGCAAGCAUUUGAGCGGUUACUCGGGCCCUGCAUGGACAUUAUGAAGAGGAAUAUAACUCAUUAUGAAGAGCAGCUGGUGGCAUUGUUUGGUUCAAGCAUGGACCUGAUCAAUCCAGGCAAUUAGGAGGAGAGUGCAUCAAUGCCUUCUCAGUUCAAGACGUAGAAAAGUCUCCUAUUAGUAACAGCGCAGCACCACACAAAUGAAAAAAGGACACUACGGGACAGUGGCUGUUGGUGUCUUCUUGGGCAUUUUUUUUAGAAACCUACGCAGGUCUCAGCAUAGCUGGAGGGUUCAGGGCUCACUCCAGGCCUCCGCUUUGCUGCUGAAAUUUUGUUAUUAGACCUAGCCCUACUGCUGAGUCUCUUAAUCCUCUUUUCACAUUGCUUGGUUCAGAAUGGCAUAUGUUUCUCCCAACAAUUCAAGUGCCUGAUACUAAAGAAAUGGAGCGGUCUAUUUGUUGUUCUUGUUA